GUAGGAGGACAGGCCACAAGUGAUGCCUGGUAUUUCUUCCACUGCCCCCAUGCUUAAGGCUUCAUUUCUGUCCGUGGUCCAUCUGGUAGUCUCCUACAUUACAAACAGCUGCUCCUGCUCAUCAGCCUUAGGUCUGUGCCCUCAUCUACUCCGUCCGUCCUCAAAGUCUGUAUCACCAGUCCCUCUACCCUGAUCUCUGCCAAGGAAUGAAAAAAGGGGAAAGAUAGGGAAAUAGUCAUUAUAGUUGACGAAAACGUUUAUGUUUUCUUUCAAGUUGAAAGAGUUUGUUUUAUUCGGAUCAAUUGACAGAUAGUGGAUUUGAUCCCUCAACACAUCAAGCCAACUGAAAAGGCACCAGCCGGGUCUAAGCAGCUGCAUCUCAGACUCCAGACAAGUACCAAGCACCGUAAAGUGAGCAUCAUUGUUCUCCUUUCCGAGGUAAACAACAGAAGGAGGAGGGCGGAAGGGCAGAGGGAGCACCUUCUUCCUCCCUAAAGUACCCCCAGCUGCCAAGACCCCAGUCAGGCCGUUCCAGAGGUGUGGUGUGUGACGGGUGAUGGCCGACUGGAGUCUACUGGGAAACUUCUUGGAAGAGGUGCAGGAACACUCGACAUCUGUGGGCAAGGUGUGGCUCACCAUCCUCUUCAUCUUCCGUAUUCUCGUCUUGGGCACGGCCGCCGAGUCGUCGUGGGGCGACGAGCAGGAGGACUUCACCUGCGACACGGAGCAGCCUGGUUGCGAGAACGUUUGUUACGACACGGCCUUCCCCAUCGCCCACAUCCGCUACUGGGUGCUGCAGAUUGUCUUUGUGUCCACACCGUCGCUCAUCUACAUGGGCCACGCCAUGCACACGGUGCGUAUGGAGGAGAAACGCCGGCGCAAGGAGCAGGAGGACCAGGGGGGAGGUGACGGGGAGGAAGGAGGGGAAGGAGGAGAGGAGAAGCAUUAUCUGGAGCACGGGGAAGACAAGGGGGGAGAGUGCGGGAAGGAGGGCAGCGGCAUAGGGAGGGUGCGUCUGCGCGGGGCGCUGCUGCAGACUUACGUGUUGAGCAUCCUGAUCCGGACGCUAAUGGAGGUGGUCUUCAUCGUGGUGCAGUACAUCCUCUACGGGGUCUUCCUCAACGCUCUGUACGUGUGCCACAGUCGGCCCUGUCCCCACCCGGUUAACUGUUACGUCUCACGGCCCACGGAGAAGAAUGUGUUCAUCGUGUUCAUGCUGGCCGUGUCGGGCGUGUCGCUGUUUCUCAGCGCCGUGGAGCUCUACCACCUGGCCUUUAAGCAAUGUCAGAGGUUUCUGAGGAGUAAACGACAACAGCAACAACAACAGCAACAUCAACUGCUACAAGGACGCACGCCCUCAAGUGCUACGGUCAUAGCCGCUGAACCGGACAGCCCACCCCGUCCGUCCAUGCCAUGCACCCCGCCCCCAGACUUCAGCCAGUGUGUGAGCUCUUCCCCUCACACACACCCCAUGCACACCCAAUCCCACCCCCAUCCUAGCUGCCCUCCCUUCAACAACCGGCUGGCCCACCAGCAGAACUCAGUCAACAUGGCCACUGAGCGCCACCGUGUUGUCCACGAUGACCUGGGGAAGGAAGACUUCCUGCACAUGACCUAUGAGGGGCACGCCGACACGCCCAACGCCUGCAUCCCGCCCCCUUCGCUGCUCCAAAACGGCUACCAAAAUGGCUACCUGAAAGACAAGAGGCGUCUGAGCAAGACCAGCGGCUCCAGUAGCCGCGUGCGACCCGAUGACUUGGCUGUGUAGCCCCAAUUCCCAACACACACACUGUUCCUGGAUCGUUUCAAACACACACUCACACACACACACACAGAAGAAUGGGAUGACUAUGGCUCGUCUGUUGUGGUGGACUAAUUUGAGCACUGCAUGGCACAAGUCAACAAAGUUACAAAGUAUCACAAGUCAUGAAACAGAAUACUCGAGCUAAUCAGAAGUCCUGAAAUAGGGAUGCUUGAGGAGCAAUUGACAUACAAAUUGGCACUUAGAUAUCAUUAGUAUGGGUCUCAGUCAUGGUUUUGAGACAUGGAUCCACGGGCACAACACAGCUGUAGAGGGGUUAGUGCCUUCAUAUUUAGCCCUCAGGACUAAUCCCCUAAUGUGACUGUCAAAGGACAUCUGUCUGGAUGUGUCCUAAAUGGCACCCUAUUGCCUAUAUAGCGGCAGGUAGCCUAGUGGUUAAAGUGUUGGGCCAGUAACCGAAAGAUGGUAUCCCCGAGUUGACAAGGUAAAAAUCUGUCAUUCUGUCCCUGAGCAAGGUACUGUUCCCUGAAGACAUGGAUGUUGAUUAUGGCAGCCCCUCGCACCUCUCUGAUUCAGAGGGGUUGGGUUAAAGGUGGAAGACACAUUUCAGUUGAAUGCAUUCAGCUGACUAGGUAUCCCCCUUUACUUUUAACCAGGGCACAUAUAGCUUUGGUCAAAAGUAGUGCACUAUAUAGGAGAAUAAGGUGCCAUUUGUGACAGAGACAUUGACUGCUGUCUCUGAGUCUCUCCCUGAGAGACAGGGGGGCCUUGUGCCAAACCUGAGAAUGAGUGGGUCACUGCCACACUAUCAGCUCUGUGACACUGACUGGCUGCUGGGGACAGCUAAGUGGGACAGAUGACAGCCAGUCUGUCGCUCAGAGAGAGAGAGAUAUGUGAAGGACGGCUGCCUGUCAGUGACCCACAAACGCACGCUUAGACAAAUGCUCUACACGUGUAGGCUUGCUCUCUCUCUCUCACGCACGCACACAUACACAUACAAUACAUUUACAGAGGCAUGCAGACACUUUCAUUGGCAUACAAUACAAACAUGCAGACACACCAUGGGAAUCCUGAUGUUGUAAUCACCUCCCAAAACCACUUCCCAAAACCCAUUGUUACUAACUUCGCAAUUGAAAACGCUCGUAAUCGAACAACUUCUAGAACAGCUAAGUGUGUCAGAUGCUUUUUCGCCCUUUAUACACAGAGAUAUCUGCUAAACUUUGAAUCACAGUGUGAUAGUGUCUCUGUGACAUCGAUAACUUCAGAACAAAGUUGACUACAAAUACAAAGAUGCCAAUGUGUUUGCAAUUGAUACAAACAAGCGACGUAGAGACGUAGAAAAACAUGCUUCAAAUGAAAAAUGCAGUCAAGAUGACUGCAUUAAAAUAUAAAGAGUAGGCUGUAGGCCUAUAUCAAUAAUAUGUUAUAAAAUGUUCAAAUCAUUUAGUUAAAUUUUUGCUCCUGGGCCAACUUUGGUUUUAGAAA